AUGAGCUUCCGGACCACUGGAGCGGUGGGCGGGACCAAUCCAAACCCAAACAUGGCGGCGUCCUUAGAAGAUGAUUUUGAGUUUGACAACCAGGACUACUACUCUCUGCUCAACGUCCGGAAGGAGGCGACGCUGGAGGAACUGAAGGCGUCCUACCGGAGGCUGUGCAUGCUCUACCACCCGGACAAGCAUCGAGACCCGGAGCUGAAGAGCCAGGCCGAACAGCUGUUCAACCAGGUGCACCAGGCAUAUGAAGUGCUGAGCGACGCUCACUCCAGAGCCAUCUAUGACAUCUUUGGGAAGAAAGGCUUGGAGGUGGAGGGCUGGGAGGUGGUGGAGAGGAAGAGGACGCCAGCGGAGAUUCGAGAGGAGUACGAAAGGCUGCAGAGGGAAAGGGAAGAGAGGAGGCUGCAACAGAGAACCAACCCCAAGGGCACCAUCAGCGUGGGCGUGGAUGCAACCGACCUGUUCGACCGCUACGACGAGGACUUUGAAGACAUGCCGGGAGGAGGCUUUCCUCAUGUUGAAAUCAACAAGAUGCACAUCUCCCAAUCCAUAGAGGCUCCUUUGACCAACUGUGACACAGCAGUGCUGUCCGGUUCGCUCUCCACACACAACGGGACCGGAGGGGGGAACAUCAACGUGACCGUACGGAGGGUUACUUCAGCCAAGGGCUGGGGAGAGGUGGAGUUGGGUGCAGGAGACGUUCUUGGACCUCUCAUUGGCUUGAAGGUGUUUCGCAACCUCACCCCGCGGUGCUUCUUGACAGCCCAGUGCGGUUUGCAGUUCUCUCCUCGGGGUUUGAGACCCAGCUGUUCUCUGAUGACGGCCCGCCACCUGGACCAGAACACCAUGGGCUACCUGCAGUGGCGCCGGGGGCCCAACAGCGCCAUGACCACCAGCCUGGUCCGAGACACAAAGAGCAGCCAUUUCACUCUCGCUCUGCAGCUGGGCGUGGCUCACUCCUACCUGAUGAUGAGCUACCAGUACAAGUUCCAGGAUGAGGACCAGACCAAAGUGAAGGGCUCUGUGAAGACCGGCUGGUUCGGCACCGUGGUGGAAUACGGAGCGGAGAGGAAGAUCAGCCGACACAGUGUCCUGUCAGCCACCGUCAGCAUGGGCGUCCCUCAGGGAGUCACGCUGAAGAUCAAGUUGGCGCGUGCCAGUCAGACGUACCUGUUCCCAGUCCACCUCACAGACCAGCUGCUGCCCAGCGCCGUCUUCUACGCCACCGUGGGACCCCUGCUGGUCUACAUGGUGGUCCACAGACUGGUCAUCAUACCAUACACACAAGCACAGAAAGAGCAAGAGCUGGAGCUGCAGAGGAAGAGCUCGGCCACCGACAUCGCCAAGAAGAAGCACGAGGCCGAGUCUGCUGUUCUGCUGAUGCAGGAGUCUGUGAGGAGAGUCAUCGAAGGGGAGGAAUCCAAGAUGGGUCUGAUCCUCCUGAACGCCUGGUACGGGAAGUUUGUGUCCGACACCAGCCAGAAGCAGGAGAGGGCAAAGGUCAUCGACGUCACUGUGCCUCUGCAGUGCCUGGUCAAGGACUCCAAACUCAUCCUCACCGAGGCCUCCAAGGCCGGGCUGCCGGGCUUCUACGACCCGUGUGUGGGCGAGCAGAAGAGUCUGAAGCUGCUGUACCAGUUCCGAGGAGUCAUGCAUCAAGUCAUCUCCUCCGACACCGAGUCGCUACGGAUACCCAAGCAAUCUCACAGAAUCGAGCCCGAGUCCUAGGAGCCCCCCAGAGGGUCAGAUCCAGAUGAAGCAGACCCACUUCGCCAACGAGUCCGCCUCCCUCCUCUCUGGUAUUAGUGAAUGUGUUGAUCCACUACCCGCUCCCCCCCUCCAGGGCCGCCUCCCGGGUCCAGCAGAGUGCAGGAGUCCACUCAGUGUGCUCCUCCUCAGCAUCUGCUGCAUGAACCCUGAGGGCCUGAUGAGACCUUCCUGUCCACGGGGACCUUUAUGUCUUUAUGUGAGUCCAGUCUACCAACCAGCUGUCGUCUUUGUACCUGGCAGGUUCAUUCAUGUCCAAACCUCGUGCACAUGUUGAGUACCACUAUGCAGGCCCCUCAGAGGACUGAAGCAUAACUCUCUGAUUCUGCUGCUCGGGUGUGAAUAUUUAUAUCUGUGAGGGUCUUAAAGGGAAGUGUUCACGUGUUCUUCAUUCAGGCUAUUUAAAUAUCCACUUCAGUGUUUAUUGUUUAACCCUAAACUGGUUGUAGUUUAUUCUUACUGGUGUGCGUCUGGCCUCUGACAGCCACUACUGGAAAGGAUCUGUAAUAAUCAGAUGAUCCAGUCGGGCAUAAAGACAAUAACUUGAGCCUGAAGAUGACUCUCCAAACGGAGCCGUUUGUUUCAUGUUCAGUCCCUUCAGCAGAUUAUUCAUAUUUAUUCCUCUCCAUGGUAAUAUGAGAUAACAUGCUUGUCUUUUAGGUGAUAAUCCAGUCAGCAAAUAAUAUCUUCUGGAGCACCUUGUUUAAUAUUAAACUGAUCUCCUAUUUGUGGAUCGACAGUUAGACAUUUAGUGGACUGGGAACGCCCCACUGUAGAAUACAAAAGGGCCUUUAUUAAAGAAGUCAUAUUUUGCAGUGUUUAAUGUAUGGCCCGUCGUACUGAAGCUGCUCUUAACAGCCACUGGACCUCACAUGGAGCUGUUCACUCAUCAUGGAGCCCUGUGGGCGGGUCCUCUUGGUGCAUUUCGUCCAUAAAGGUCGUGUUGGGGUCAUUCACAGCAGCCAUGAUGCACGGAGUUUUUGUGUGUAUGUUAACCUCUGUAGUGCCACCUUGAGGCCAGCAGAAGGACCAGCAGGACUGCUCCUGCUGGUCCACAUGAGGAUGUACAGUUGAGGAUCCUGUGUUCUGUCCUGUGAAGACC